AUCUUAAAGGGAAAAUCAACGUGGCAGCCGUCCCCGGACGACAGACUCCCAGCCAAGUCGUAAACUCCCUCCUUCUCUCUCUCUCUCUCUCUCUCUCUCUCUCUCUCUAGAAUUUCGUAUUUAUAUCCUCCAAUGAAAGGCAAACCAGGGUUUUCAUGCGGUAAGCGUUUUCUGGGAACAUUCGAGUUUGAGAAUAUCCCCAUGAGUGAAAGUACUUUUUUUUUGUUUUUUUGCUCCUCUGUUCCGAGUUUCUGUAGUUCCUGAGCUUAACAAGGAAGGGGAAGAAGAAGGCCCCCAUCAUCAACCAUGGAGGAGGGUGAGUUUUUUACUGCAACACCGACCCCAACAGCGACGGGAACAACCGCGGAGAAGCGCAAGCAGGGACAGCAACAUCAUCACAAUCGCCAACAAGCCGAGAAGCCGUUCAGGGGAAUUAGGAUGAGGAAGUGGGGGAAGUGGGUGGCGGAGAUCCGCGAGCCGAACAAGCGGUCCCGGAUCUGGCUCGGCUCCUACACCACCCCGGUCGCUGCAGCCCGCGCCUAUGACACCGCGGUGUUCUACCUCCGUGGCCCCUCGGCCCGGCUCAACUUCCCCGAGCUCCUCUUCCAGGAGGACGAAGAGCCGCGGGACCUGUCUGCUGCCUCCAUACGCAAGAAGGCCACUGAGGUCGGGGCCCGGGUCGACGCCCUCCAGGCAGCCGCGGCCCAGCUCCACGCCCCGGAGUCGAACUCGAGCCAAGUGAACACGGAGAAGCCAGACUUGAACGAGUACCCAAAAUCGGAGAACUCGGACGGAGAUUGAAUUAAAGCGAAGGAUCGCCCAUAUAAUUAUCAUCUAGCUUUAUCUGAAUUUUUUUUUUUUUUGCUUUGAAGUUUUUUUCCGUUUUGCUGUAGUUUGUAGUGGUGGGUAACCGAGUUUUGAUCUUUUUCUUUUCUUAGUUUCCACGCGCCGAUUGAUCAACUGAACAAGGGGGGAAAAAGACUUGGCCCUGAUGAAGUUUCUCCAUUUCUUUUGAUAGAGAGAUGACAAAUAUGAAAUACAUCUCUGGCGCUCGAAAUAUACAGAAGGCAAUUAAGAUCA